GGGCAGAAGAGUGCUUCUCCUGGCAGGUGCUAGCUGGGCUGGUUCUCCCUCUGCCCCACUUGGCAGAGUUCUUCUGAGAGGCCAUCUUUUUGCUGCCCCCCAUUACCCCCUUCCCCUGCUGCACCGCCAUUCCCUAGGCCACGUGGUAACAUCUCUCUGCCUCUGCCCCAUGGGGGUUUAGACGAGGGGCCUCUCACUCUAGGCAGGAGCACAGCCACCCCAUACCAGCCUCACCACCCAGAGCUGGGUACAGUUGGACUCGCGCUGGUGCAGCAAGGUACAGUCCCUACUCCUCUGUGUGCCUUUUGCCACCUGCUCUCCAGCCAGAGCUGCCUUUCCCUCCUGCAUAGAGUCAGAACCUCUGUCACCCCCAGGUUUGCCUUUAUGAACAAAACCUCCCAACCAGAGAACAGUUCAACCCGUCUGCCCAGGCUGGGCUGCUCCAGGGCUCCUCUCUCCAGCCUACUCAGCCCACACCCUAGAUCCUCUCUCCCCAGGGAGCCACUGUCCCAGCCCUGACACCCAGCAGGGUAAUGACCCUGCCUGGGGGAGUCACCAGCACCCACUUUCCUGGCUGACAAGUGGGGCUCAGGAAUGCCAGUGCCAGCCUCACAAGGGCCUGCAGCCUCCUGCCCCAUUGGGCACUGGCUCCCGGAGAGGCUCAUUAGUGAUGUGCCCGCCUCUCUGGCUCAGUCGGGUCCCAGUGGAGCUGGGCAGUAAGUGCAGAAGGCUCAUGUGGGAAGGUCUUAAUGUCUGCGCGAGGGAAAGGCACUUGCUGGGCCCGAGAUGGAGGCGGGGGCAGGAGGGGCGGUGGUUUCUGUUUCCUCAGACUGGAGCCUGAGCUGCCUCUGCCCAAGAAGCAGACAAGAAGAUGCUGCACGGACUCCUGCUGGGUGGCCUCCUCUGCACCACACUUCCUACCAGCUCCCUUGGCACAGCCUCAGCCCAUAACCUGCACCUCUGCGAGGGAUAUCCCAGCCCUGAUGGGCGCUACCACUCUGGCUUCUACUGCCCACGCCUCACUGAUCCCCCUGCACACAGGUACUGCUGCCACCAUGGAGACCACACCCUCAAAUCCUGCUGCCCCCAGCUGGACUUCGAGAGCCUGAGGAGGGUCAAUCUGUCCAACGUGCCCACCCCAGCCAGAUUCAGGAACCCACUGCCCCUGCUGGCUGUGGGGCUUUACGGCCUCCUCAUCCUCACGCUCAUGACCCUCGACUUCCUCCACUUCUGCAGACUCAACCAGCACCGCAUCUACAGCCUCCUGAGCAGCAGCCGCCUGGGAAAGCGCCUGGCCAGCUCCUUCCCACACCGCUGCCCACGACCCGGCCCGGCGCAAGGAGGGACCCAGCGGCAGGAGCUGCCCACGGCCCGGCCUGUGCAAGGAGGGACCCAGCGCCAGGAGCUGCCCACGGCCUGGCCCGGUGGGAGGAGGGACCCAGUGGCAGGCGCUGGCUGUGACCGAGGCCCGGCCCAGCCAGGACAGCCAGUAUGAAGAGCGGGCACUGCAGUGACUGGGGGUGAUACUUGGGGCAGAGGGCAUGUCAGCUGUAGGUAUUACAGAGGCAUUGUUAGCAGAGCCUGGCGCGCUGCCACUGCAAUAAAGCGAGCCCACACCUCAGUCCCGCACUGUUUGGCCUGGCCUGGCCUGGCCCUUAUAAAGUGCCUAAGCUGCUUGACAGGCCAAGCCCUGUCCCCAAGUGCUCUGUCUGGGAUGUGACCUCUGGAGAGAGAGGAACCCUGGGGUGUGGGUAGGGGGGUGGAGUCACAUGAUGACACAAGCUGGGCAGGGCUGUGGUCUCAUGGCCCUUGCCCUCUUCAUCCUGCCCGUGGCUCAUCUGUGCUCAGGGUCCCUGGGGCUGCCUGCAGCUUCUCGUUCACUGGUCGCACUCGUCAGUUCCCGUUUAGUGCUGGUCGUGCCUCGAUCCCCACCCUGGGCACCGAGGGCUGCGGUUGGGGUCCUUGCUCCUCUGUGGCCAGCCCAGCUGCUGCGCACCUGUUCAAGGGAGCACGGGACGGUCCACAGGGUUAUGUGUGAUGGGCAUCAGCAUGGGGGUGCACGUGUGGGU